AUGAAUUAUUUUUUAUUUUCUCAUAGGACGACAGGUAAUUUCGAUGAAAGUGUACAAGAAGAAGGAGAAAAUACCGGUGGAGAUGAUUCAUCCCACGAGUUGGUUUUAGAUAAUGAAAUGAUACCACCUCAAUCCGACAGAUAUUCAACUCCAAAAAGUAAAAAACAAAAUAGUUCCAAGGUACAAAGGAUGACACCAUUUCAAAAAGAGUUACUAAGCAAUUUAGCUACUUCCGAAGAAGAUGUAACUUCUGAUCCUGAUAAGGCAUUUUUAUAUUCCUUAUUACCCGAUUAUAAAAGACUAAACUAUGAUCAAAAAACAGAUUUUCGUCUCAUGACUCUACAAUAUUUUAGAAACGUAUCAUUAAGAUCUAAUCAACUACAAUCAACUCCACCAUAUUUUAACAUUAAUCAAAACACUAGUCAGAAUGUCUCUAUUCCAACUCAAUAUUCAAAUGUAUGUCCUUCAUUCAACCCUGGCAUGGGGAACAAUCAAAAUCAUAAUCUUAUGCCACAACCCGUGCCAAUAUAUUCAUCUAAUUUCAAUCCAAAUGCUCAACAUUCCACAUUAUAUUCUAAAAGCUCAUAUACUUAUACAUCUGAUCAAUCAAAAGAACCUACUACUAGUGGAGAAUGGUUUGAACAAUUUUAA